UCGGUCCGGGCGCGAGGGCCUCACCUGGCCACGAUCGGCGCUGCGCCCGCGGUCGGUGGGCAGCGGGAGGCUAUGUCUGCCCAGGCUUCAGCCCCUGCGGAGCCUCCACCCAUACCCUCUCCAGAAGCACAACGGGCAGAAGCAGCCCCUGAGAAGGAGAACCAAGUGGACCCGGGGGCCGUGGAGACAGGGGCCCCAGCCCCACCCCGGCAGAAGUCCUGGCUGUUCCGGCAUUUCUCGCUGCUGCUGCGGCGGGACCAGCAGGCCCAGAAGGCCGGCCAGCUCUUCUCGGGGCUCCUGGCCCUCAAUGUGGUGUUCCUGGGCGGUGCCUUCAUCUGCAGCAUGAUCUUCAACAACGUGGCCGUCACGCUGGGGGACGUGUGGAUCCUGCUGGCCGUGCUGAAGGCCCUGUCCCUGCUCUGGCUGCUCUAUUACGCAGCCGGGACCACCCGCCGGCCACACUCCGUGCUCUAUCGGGACCCCCACGCGGGACCCAUCUGGGUGAGGGGUUCCCUGGUGCUGUUUGGCAGCUGCACCAUCUGCCUCAACAUCUUCCGUGUGGGCUACGACGUGAGCCACAUCCACUGCAGGUCGCAGCUCGAGCUCGUGUUCCCUGUCAUCGAGAUGGUCUUCAUGGGCGUCCAGACCUGGGUGCUCUGGAAACACUGUAAGGACUGCGUUCAGGUCCAGACCAACUUCACGAGGUGUGGCCUGAUGCUGACCCUGGCCACGAACCUGCUGCUGUGGGUCCUGGCCGUCACCAAUGACUCCAUGCACCGAGAGAUGGAGGCCGAGCUCAACGCCCUGAUGGAGAAGUUCUCAGGCAACGGGACCAACACCUGCCUGUGCCUCAACGCCACGAUGUGCGAGGUCUUCCGGAAGGGCUACCUGAUGCUCUACCCCUUCAGCACCGAGUACUGCCUCAUCUGCUGCGCCGUGCUCUUCGUCAUGUGGAAGAACGUGGGCCGCCGCCUGGGACCCCACGCGGGCGCCCACCCCAGCGCCCGGCCAUUCCACCUGCACGGGGCCAUCUUCGGGCCGCUGCUGGGCCUGCUGGUGGUGGUGGCAGGCGUGUGCGUCUUCGUGCUCUUCCAGAUCCAGGCGAGCGGCCCCGCCAUCGAGCGCCAGUACUUCACCCUCUACUACGCCUUCUACGCGGCCGUGCUGCCCGCCAUGAGCCUGGCGUGCUUGACAGGCACGGCCAUCCACGGGCUGGAGGAGCGCGAGCUGGACACGCUCAAGAACCCCACCCGCAGCCUGGACGUGGUGCUGCUGAUGGGCGCUGCGCUCGGCCAGAUGGGCAUCUCCUACUUCUCCAUCGUGGCCAUCGUGGCCACGCAUGCGCACGAGCCCCCCACCCGCCUCAUCCUGGCCUACUCGCUGCUGCUCAUCGCGCAGCACAUCGUCCAGAACCUCUUCAUCAUCGAGGGCCUGCACCGGCGCCCGCUCUGGGAGGCGGCUCCCGAGGGGCUGGUGGGGAAGCCCGAGGCUGAGCCUCCCCGCCGGGAAUCCCUGCUGGAGCUGGGCCAGGGCCUGCGGCGGGCCUCCCUGGCCUACAUCCACUUCUACAGCCACCUCAACCGGGAGCGGCGGGGGCUGUGGAUGAUGCCCGCCUUCGGCAUACACCCGGAGUUCGAGAACGGGCUGGAAAAGGAUUUCUACGGCUACCGGACGUGGUUCACCAUCGUCAACUUCGGCCUGCCUCUGGGGGUCUUCUACCGCAUGCACUCCGUGGGGGGGCUGGUAGAGGUCUACCUGGGGGCCUGAGGCUGCCCGCGGAGCCCUGGAGUGCCAGGUGAGAAGGCAGCAGACAGUCUCUGAGCAGAUGCCUCA